UAGACAACCCCAUAUAUUAACGCUUAGCAGAGCAGACAGACAACAUCGGGCAGACAGCAAGGUGAUAACUGUAUUUGUACAGUCAUUUCCACUGGCGUUUUGUUCAAUUAGGAGGGAAGGAUGGGAGGUGUCCAGCACAACCUGUGGGUCCCUGGUGUUCUGUUCCUCCUGGGUGGACUCAUCCAAUGGGGAGGUGCCAUAGUCCUUGUGGAGUUCCAGUCUGGCCCUCUGUAUCGUGUGAUUGGCCACCCUCUCUCCAUCUCCUGCAAUGUGAGUGGCUUCUCUAACCCGUUGGCCCAGCAGGACUUCCAGCUGUCCAUCUACAAGCCAAACAAGCCUGGCCUUGAAAUCCAGAUCAUCAGCACAAUUGACAAAGACUUUUCGAUGGGUGGAUACGGCAGACGCGUCAGGGCGGGGGAGAUAAGUGUGGAGCGCCUGUCGGUGACCUCCGUCCUCUUCAAAGUGAUGAGUCUGGAGGAGGGGGAUGAGGGCGAGUACGAGUGUCACACCCCAAACUCAGAAACAAUCUAUCUUGGGACAUACCAUGCCAGGACCACCGUGAACGUGAUUGAGGACACCCUGACUGCGACCUCAAAUGACCCUCCCUCCUUAAGCCUAUCAGAGGGCGACACCAUAACUCUGCAAUGCCUCGCCUCCAGCAACACUUAUCAGCACACCCACCUGUCCGUCACUUGGUAUUUCCAUGGAGAUGGAGAGGCCUCACCCCACCCAAUAAUCGUUCUUAACCAAUAUUUGAUUGUGACUCCGGGUCUGGGGUUUGAGCAUCGGUACCAGGCAGGAUUAAUUGGUCUGGAUAAGGUGGAAGAUGUCACCUACAGGCUGAGGAUGUCCAGGAUUGAGAUGUCCGAUGUGGGACGGAUCUACUGUCAGGCCCAGGAAUGGAUCCAAGACCCAGACAGGAGCUGGUAUGCAAUCAACCAGAAAAACGCACCGGCAACUACUUUAAAGAUCAAAGCCAUUGAGGUGGCUCCAGACACAGGUUCUAUGAGGGUGCACAUGACAGUGGACAAAGCACAGCUCCAGGAGGGGGAGGAGCUGUCCGUGAGGUGCACUGUGGAUGCCCGAGGCAUGGCGGGGCAGUUCUUCUCGGUUGCCUGGAUUAAGGACAACCAGGAGCUGGCCAAGAUUGGGCCCACAGGGGUCCUGUCUGUGGGGCCUGAGUACGAGGGGCAACAGAGAAGAGGUGAGCUACGAGCUGUCCGACUGGAUGAGGAGAAGACCCACCUGCUUACCCUGAAGCCCAUCCGAAUCCAGGACCAGGGAGUGUUCCACUGCAGGGCCUGGUCACAUGAGAGUGGCGGGAAUGGGGUGUUCACACAGGGACCCAGUCAGGACUCCCCAACUGAGCCUAUCACCAUCAAAGCUACAGAAAGUGGUUUGGCUGUUGCCAUGGAGACUGUAAUGGUAAACAUCAGCGAGGGAGGUGAGCUACGACUCACCUGUAAAGUGAGUGGGGUCAUGGGUCAGCUGUCCGUCACCUGGCAACACAGAGCUGUCUCCACGGCAACGAGCCCCUUCACUGAUGUCAUCGGCCUGAGCCGGGUGGGCGUGCUGGAAGUGGGGGCGGAGUUUAAGCAGCGUAAGGUUGGUGCCCUGCGGCCCGCGGUGGACACGUUCAUCCUGGCGCUGAGUGAUGUCACGUCUUCGGACGCAGGAACGUAUCAGUGCAUCGUCUCUGAGUGGACCACAGAAACGGACGGCAACGCCAAGAAAGAGCACAGCCAAUCACAGGCCGGCCACGUGGAGAUCCUUCCUGUGGAGUCUCUGGUGACGGUGGACCUGAGGAGCCGUGAUGCCCAGGUGGUGGAGGGGGGUGAGGCCGAGCUGGUGUGUCGUGUGCGGGGGCCCAUUCCGGUCAAUGUGAGGUGGAGUCUGAAGCGUGAGGGGGAGUCGGCUCCAGAGGACAUCCUGGCGCUGUCGAACACCGGGGACAUCACCUGGCGUGGCGACCCGGGCAACUACCAGUUGAGCGUGACAACCAGUCCAAACCAGGUGCUUCACAAACUGCGUGUCGUCAAAGCGAGCCGCAGGGAAGCGGGUCAAUACAGAUGUGAGAUCUCAGCGUUCAUGCAGGGAAGAUACAGGAAGCCACAGAGUUCCAACCAGCUGGCUGUGUCCAUCCAGACUCCAGUCAGUGACUUUAGUGUGGAUAACAUAGAUAAGAAGCUGGUGGUCAAAGAGGGGAAUGAGGUGGAGCUGACCUGCACAUUGACCACUGUUGCUGACCCCGCCUCUGUCUACGCCCUCACCUGGUUCUACACAAAGCCUAGCUCCUCCUCCUCUCCCAGAGUUCCCCUGGUGAUUCUGGGCCAUGAUGGCAUCUUAAAGUACCCAGAGGACCAGGAAAACCAGGGCCUGCGAGGGAGGCUGAUCUUCUCCAGGCCUACUCAAAGAACCUUUCAGCUGGGCCUGCAGAGAGCUCAUCAGGGUGACAGUGGAGCCUACCAAUGCCAAGUGGACCAGUACAAACUCAGUAAUGGUGGCAAUUGGGAACGAACUGCUUCAGCCCAAUCAGGCACAACUGACCUCACUGUGAAGCCCAGAGAGAGUCUACUCACCCUGUCCUCAAGCCCCUCCCUCCUGGAUCAGAGCCUCAACACAGACAUACAAAUGGAAUGCUCAAUCGUCAGGGCAACAUCUGAAUCCUCCCGCUUUGCUGUCACCUGGUUGUCCCAGAAAGGGGAGCGUAAUGAGACAAUUCUCAGCUCAGACUCUGAUGCUGUGGUAACUCCAAGGGCGGGACUAAGCACAGAUCAGAGAAUCAGUAUAAGAAGACUUAAAGGGCAGAGCUUCGAGCUGACCAUCCGACAAGCCCGUAUCAGCGAUAGUGGGAUGUAUUUCUGCGUGGUAGAGGAGUGGCUACAGCAUCCUCUUGGCCAUUGGUACAAGCUCAUGUCGUCUUCUGCAGCCAUUAAACUCAGUCUAAAAGAUACAGUAAGUGACCUUAGUGUUAACAUGACAGAUUUGGUGAUUGAGGGCCAAGAGGGGAAGGAAGUACAGUUGAACUGUUCUUUAAACUCAGAUGACCCCGCCUCUCUCUAUGGCCUCACCUGGUUCUACACGAAACCUGGCUCCUCCUCCUCUCCCAGAGUUCCCCUGGUGAUUCUGAGCCAUGACGGCAUCCUAAAUUACCCGGAGGACCAGGAAAACCACAGGCAACAGGGCCUGCGAGGGAGGCUGAUCUUCUCCAGGCCUACUCAAAGAACCUUUCAGCUGGGCCUGCAGAGAGCUCAUCAGGGUGACAGUGGAGCCUACCAAUGCCAAGUGGACCAGUACAAACUCAGUGAUGAUGGCAACUGGGAACAAACUGCUUCAGCCCAAUCAGGCACAACUGACCUCACUGUACAAGGACUUACAGAGUCAUCUCAUGAAGACAGAUGUAUGCCUGUUCUAGGAUUUCUUAUGCUUCUUGUCUGUUUCCUAGCAAUUCUCAUUAUUGCGUUGUCAAUUAAGUUGAAAGGGCGGGGCUCAGCAGGAAAAAAGAAACAAACCACCUCUCUCUGGGCAGAGGUAAAAGAUGUUGAGGUUGAGUUGAGAGGGAAUGAGUUUAAGGAGAAGAUAAGUAGUGGCGGAGAGGAUGAGUAGUGACAGGGCUAGGGGAUGAGUAGCGACAAGGCUAUAGGAUAAGUAGCGACAGGGCUAGAGGAUGAGUAGAGAGGAUGUGUACAGAGAGAUGGAGAGAAUGUGUAGACAGAGGGGUGACAGGAUGAGUAGUGGGCGAUGUAGGUCAGGGAGGGAUGAUGAGAUAGGGACGAUUUUCUGCAUUUCAAGAGACUAUUUCCAGCCACUGUGCGUCAAUUUCUUACUGCUUGCUCUUUUGAGUUAAGACUUGGUGUCUUCAUAGAGACUUUUGCGACAACUGCUGUUUUGAAAAUGGCUUUAGUAAAUUAAUUAAUACAUUUGUAUUUUUUUAUUGAUAUGUGAGAGAACAGGAAAGGGAAUGGGAUAGCAAUGUAUAAAAUAUGA